AUGUCUAUGCGCCUCCCGCUGGCCUGCGGCGGCCAGGCCGUGAACUCUGUAGAUGACCUGGAUCUCGAUGAUCUCGGCUACGCGGACCUCGUCUACGAGCAGUCGCUGGAGGAUGACAAGUUCACCUUCAUCGAGGGCGUGAAGAAUCCGCACAGCUGCACGGUCUUGAUCCAGGGCUCCACGGAUCAUGCGAUCGCGCAGAUGAAGGAUGCCAUCAAAGACGGGCUGCGCGCCACACAAAACUGCGUCGAGGACGAGGCCACGUCCUUCAAGCUGACUCUUAUGUGGACACGAUAG